AUGGCUGCACUUAUUUCUGAAAAUUUUAAAUUUGCCGCUCUUUUCUUUAAGAGUAAGGAUGUAAUGAUCUUCAAUGGGCUGAUAGCCCUGGGGACAGUGGCUAGUCAAACAGCAUACAACAUAUUUGCCUUUGAUUGCCCAUGUUCUACACAGAGAAAUUAUCUGUAUGGGUUAGCUGCUAUUGGCGUACCUGCCCUAGUUUUAUUUUUAAUUGGAGUAAUGCUCAACCGUAACACCUGGGACCUUGUUUCGGAGUGUCGCAUCAGAAAAUGCCGGAAGCUCUCUGGGGCUGCUGCCUUUGCUCUGCUGGGUUCAAUAGUGGGCCGUGCAUCAGUGGCUCCAGUAACCUGGUCUGUCAUCUCACUCCUCAGAGGAGAGGCCUAUGUUUGUGCACUUAGUGAAUUUGUGGACCCCCAGUCUUUGGAAAACUUUCCUUCCACUACCCUGAGCCCAGUUCAAAUGGCCCAAUUUCCCUGUAAGGAUGUACCUGCAGAGCUGCUACACUUUUGGCAGCACAUUGAACGCCAACUCAAGUAUGAAUCUCAGCUGCUGGGCUGGAUGUUGGUGGCUAUCGUCUCUUUCACUGUGUUCCUGGUGAUGUGUGGAAAGCGCUGCUGCUCCCCCCUGGGGUACCAGCAGGAGGCAUACUGGUCCACCUAUCGGGCCAACGAGCGCGAACUUUUCCAGCGUACUGUUGAGGCUCAUGCCAAGUUCCGUGCUGCCAACAGCAUCAGGACCUUCUUUGGGUUUGUAGCCCUGGAGGAGCAAGAUGUGGCACUACUGACAAAAUGUCAGGAUGCCAAGCUGGCAAUUUCCAGUCUGGAGUGGAACCAGAUAACAGGAGUUUACUUAUACAGAGAGAAUAAAGGGACUCCCCUGUACAGUCGCCUCAAUAAAUGGGCCAAUUACACACUUGGGAACAACCCAGAGGCCAUUGAGAUGGAAAUGUUAGGCUAAGAUGUGAAUGGUCAUUGACAGUAAUUGACUGCUUUAUGGUAAUGUCUUGUGGAUAAGAGCUGUAUUCACUUAUAAGGUAUAGUGCAGUAUGAGGUACUCAAGUUUCUUUUUUUUUGUUAGUUCCUGAUGUGCAAAUCUGAAGUGUUUGCUUUUUUCCUUUAUUUUGCUUAAAUAUGUCAGUAUAAUCAUUUGUAACUUGAGAUGCAAACAUAUAUUUUAAAAUCUUUUUUAGCUUGAGGUUGGCAUGAAUUGUGACAUUGUUAGUUCAUCAAAAAUAUAUAUUAAUACAUAAAUCAGCUUUUUUCCAUGCCUAAAGCCAUGGAAACUUAAAUAUAUAUGGGCUAUUUGUAAUUGUUUUUUUUUUGUUUGUUUUUUUUACAUAUGAUGAUAUGUGCUGUAUAUUGAUCUUUUUUAAUUAUUUAUUACUUACUAAUGGGGCGGCACGGUGGUGUAGUGGUUAGCGCUGUCGCCUCACAGCAAGAAGGUCCGGGUUUGAGCCCCGUGGCCAGCGAGGGCCUUUCUGUGUGGAGUUUGCACGUUCUCCCCGUGUCCGCGUGGGUUUCCUCCGGGUGCUCCGGUUUCCCCCACAGUCCAAAGACAUGCAGGUUAGGUUAACUGGUGACUCUAAAUU